GUAGUUUCAAGCUCCGGGGAAGGUAUGCCCAUUUUUUCUUUCUAAAAGUUGCCUGCUGAAAGUAAAGUCUUUGCUUCCUUUUGGGAGGGAGAAAACGGAUUCUGAUAGGUUAAAAGUUGGAGGCUGCUCUCUCCUCUUCACUGUUUUUUUGCCUCUUGCCUAUUGGAAAUUCCCUCUUUUCGGAUUGCCAGUAGCUAGAUCACAAUGGCAGAUCGCGUGCUUGUGAUUGGCAGCGGAGGCCGGGAACAUGCUCUGGCUUGGAAACUGGCGCAGUCUCCACACGUGAAGCAGGUGCUGGUCGCUCCAGGAAACGCAGGAACAGCGAGUGAUGGGAAGAUCUCUAACUCAGCUGUCUUAAUCAGUGACCAUGCUGCUCUUUCCAAGUACUGUAAAGACCAGAAGAUUGGACUUGUGGUGGUUGGUCCAGAAGUUCCUCUUGCAGCUGGGAUCGUUGAUGACUUGACAGCUGCUGGUGUGAGAUGUUUUGGUCCUACAGCAAAAGCGGCUCAGCUAGAAUCCAGUAAAAGCUUUUCCAAAGCAUUUUUUGAUCGUCAUAACAUCCCAACUGCAAGAUGGAAAUCAUUUACUAAUGCAAAGGAAGCUUGUGAUUUUAUUACCAGCGCAACUUUCCCUGCCUUAGUUGUAAAGGCGAGUGGUUUGGCUGCUGGAAAAGGAGUGAUUGUGGCCACUAACAAAGCAGAGGCAUGCAAAGCCGUGCAUGAAAUAAUGCAAGAUAAAACUUUUGGAGCAGCUGGAGAAACCGUUGUGGUUGAGGAACUACUUGAAGGAGAAGAGGUUUCUUGCUUAUGCUUUACAGACGGCGUCACUGUUGCCUCCAUGCCACCUGCCCAGGACCACAAACGGCUAAUGGAUGGAGAUCAAGGUCCAAACACUGGUGGCAUGGGUGCAUAUUGCCCAGCACCCCAGCUCUCCAAGGAUCUGCUUUUGAAAAUCAGGAAUUCUGUUCUCCAGAAAACAGUUGAUGGCAUGAGAAAUGAAGGUAUUCCUUAUGUAGGUGUGCUGUAUGCUGGGCUAAUGCUCACCAAAGAGGGACCCAAAGUCUUGGAGUUCAACUGUAGAUUUGGUGACCCUGAAUGUCAGGUAAUUCUACCACUACUGGAGAGUGAUAUUUAUGAAGUUAUACAAGCAACCGUUGAUAGAAAGUUAUCAAGCUGCAUGCCUGUUUGGCUGGAAGACUCCUCUGCUGUGACCGUGGUCAUGGCUAGCGAAGGCUACCCAGGGAGCUAUCCUAAAGGUUUGGAAAUAACAGGAUUUUCUCAGGCGAAAGACCUCGGCUUGGUGGUGUUCCAUGCGGGGACAGCUAUGAAAGAUGGCAAAGUUGUGACCAGUGGAGGCAGAGUCCUCACUGUGACAGCUAUCAAGAAAGACCUCAUGUCAGCCCUCAAAGAAGCCAACAGAGGAGUUGAAGUCAUUCGGUUCAAAGGAGCCAUUUAUAGAAAGGAUAUUGGUUAUCGAGCAAUAGAUUUCCUUAAACAAACCAGUGGUCUGACUUACAAAGACAGUGGUGUAGAUAUUGCAGCUGGUAACACCUUGGUUCAGAAAAUUAAGCCUUUAGCAGCAGCAACAUCAAGAUCAGGCUGUAAUGCUGAGCUUGGAGGGUUUGCUGGCCUCUUUGAUUUGAAGGAAGCUGGAUAUAAAGAUCCAAUUUUGGUAUCUGGAACUGAUGGUGUUGGCACAAAGCUCAAGAUUGCCCAACUGUGCAACAAGCACGACACGAUUGGGCAGGACUUGGUUGCCAUGUGCGUUAAUGAUAUCCUAGCUCAGGGAGCAGAGCCCCUCUUCUUCCUUGACUAUUUUGCCUGUGGUAAAUUGGAUGUUGGGAUGGCUCAAACCAUCAUAGCUGGAAUAGCCGAAGCGUGUAAACUGGCAGGAUGUGCUCUCCUUGGAGGAGAAACUGCGGAAAUGCCGGGCAUGUAUCCACCUGGAGAGUACGACCUGGGAGGCUUUGCAGUGGGUGCCGUGGAGCGGGGAGAAAUGCUCCCCCAGUUAAACAGAAUUGCCGAUGGGGAUGUGAUCCUUGGCGUUGCUUCCUCUGGUGUUCACAGCAAUGGAUUUAGUCUUGUGAGAAAGAUUGUAGAAAAAUCAUCUUUAGAUUUUUCCUCCCCUUCAGUGGGUGGCUCUCCUAACCAGACAUUAGGAGAGCAACUGCUUACCCCUACUAAAAUCUAUAGCAAGGUUCUUUUGCCAGUCCUUCGAACGGGUCACGUGAAGGCAUAUGCCCAUAUCACUGGUGGAGGGCUGCUGGAAAAUAUUCCACGCGUCCUUCCAGCAUCCUUUGGAGUUGUUUUAGAUGCCUUGAGUUGGAAGAUACCUAAGAUCUUUUCCUGGCUUCAAAAAGAGGGAAACCUUUCAGAAGAGGAAAUGGCCCGAACAUUUAACUGUGGGAUUGGUGCAGUCCUGGUGGUGCCAAAGGAACAGGCUGGGAAUAUUCUGAAGGACAUCCAGAUACACGAAGAGGCAUGGAUGAUUGGGAAGGUUGUUCAGCGUCAAGGAGAGUCUGCCUACGUUGAAGUCAACAACUUGCUUCGAGCCUUACAUGCAAAUAGGUUGCAGUCCUCGCCCAGCCAACCAAGCAAGGCCCAACCAAGCAAAACCAGGGUGGCAGUCCUUAUCUCUGGAACAGGUACAAAUCUGGAAGCUCUCAUAGCCAGUGCAAUUAAGCCAACUAGCUAUGCACAAUUAGUCCUUGUUGUUUCUAACAAAGCUGGUGUAGAAGGGCUAAAAAGAGCAGAAAGAGCUGGUAUUCCUACAAAGGUAAUUGACCAUAAACAGUUUAGUAGUCGUACGGAGUUUGACAGUGCUGUUGAUAAAGUCCUUGAAGAGUUCUCAGUUGAACUGAUCUGCCUCGCAGGAUUUAUGCGGAUCUUAUCUGGUCCUUUCGUCAGAAAAUGGGAUGGAAAAAUAUUGAACAUCCAUCCUUCUUUGCUGCCUUCAUUUAAAGGAGCCCAUGCUCACAGGCUGGUGCUGGAAGCUGGCGUCCAAAUCACUGGGUGUACUGUCCACUUUGUUGCUGAGGAAGUUGAUGCUGGAGCCAUCAUUUUCCAAGAACCAGUUCCAGUGAAGGCUGGAGACACAGAGGAGACUUUGUCAGAAAGAGUGAAACAGGCAGAACAUCGAGCCUUCCCUGCCGCUAUGCAGCUGGUGGCCAGUGGAGCCGUGAAAUUAGGAGCAAACGGAAAGCUCAUCUGGGAUGUGGAAAAACAUUAACUGAAGUGCCAGUGUCAAGAAGACAGAAACAACUAUGAAUGGAAUCUGCAACAAGAAGUAUCUGUAGCUAUAAUGUUUUUGCAUCAUAACAUAGAGCAGCAAGUUUCCAGUAAACUGUAUCUUACUUACCUCACAUGAAACAGCUGAACUGGGAAGGGGGGAAAAUUGCUCUAUACAAAUGGGACUUGAACGGGCACAGCAAGUCAUUUGUGUGAUCCAAUCAACAUCACCCACAUCAUCAUGAUAGUUCCUAUGUUGCAUUAAAAUGUCUGAAACUUU